CGCGUGGUAACAUCCCAGGCCAAGCUGCCGGCAGCAACACGUGUGAAUCCGCACAGCGCACAACUCCUUGUGUCGACAGGCGUACCAGCCCUGGAUGACGUGCUUGGUGGCGGAUUGCCGGUCGGCGGGAUAUUGCUUAUUGAGCAAGAUCGGCAGACUGGGUACAGCAACACGCUAUUGUCCGUAUUUUGCCAGCCAGGGCAUUGCAUCCUGGCCACCAGCUGUGUUUUGUCAACGCCGAGCAGGAAGAAAUGGACCUGCAGAGCCAGCUGCCCGGCUGGACAUCGGCACGGCGGGACAAAAAGGACCCGGAUCUCAAAAUCGCCUGGCGGUACCAGAACCUGCCCAGGGUUGAUAAGGAAAUGGAGAACACGCAAGGAACAGCUGGCGAAAUGGCGUUCUGCGAGCGGUUUGACUUGUCCACGCGUAUCCCCCGGGAGGCCUUGGAAAGGGCGAAGAUUGAUUUAAUCGACGGCGACAAGAUCGCCGAGAUGUCGCAGGGCGACAGGUACCGAGGCGACAUGUACAAAUGCGUACUGGACGAGAUUGCGCGCAUCAUCGAUGACGGCGGGUUCAGCUCGCUCCAGCAGCCGCCGGCGGGCCACGAGCGCAACAUCCUGCGUCUGGAACUGCGCUCGCUCGGGUCAGCAUUCUGGCGGGGCGACACAUCGAUUCUGCAGUUCCUCCAUGCACUGCGCGGGCUCCUUCGCUACUCAUAUGUGGCAUGUGUGAUCAGCCUGCCAGUACAUCUAUAUGAUGGCGACUCUGGUCGCUUGCCGGUUGUGCGGAGGAUUGAGCAUCUGUGUGACGCAGUGAUUGAGCUCGAGUCGUUUGAGGGCGCGUAUGCAAAGCCCACAGACAUCGUCGGAGGGAGGAAGGCUGGCGCGGCGACAGAAUACCACGGGUUCCUGCAUAUCCACAAGCUGCCGAGGGUGAAUUCUCUCACAGCGGCAGGCGGGCGGCUGUCGAUUCUGCAUUCAGGAGGUGGCUCGGCUAACAACCUGGCGUUCCGGCAGCGGAGGAAGAAGUUCUGCAUCGAAACGUACCAUUUGCCCAUUGAGGGCGGCGUGACUGAGCGACGCGUGCCGGAAGACAACAAGAAGCCACGGGCGGUUGGCUGCGGCAGCCGUCCCGGCAAGCCCGACCCUCUAGAGUUUUGAAAGGUAGCACUUUUUCUGCCCGUUUCAAAAUGCUCAAGGUGAAAUGGAUGGUUUUUUCCCGUGGUAAAAAGUUCCCGCCCAUGUUCGAGUUCAAUGCCUUGCCUCCCUCUGGGACUGUGAUGAGAUGCCUCCGGAAGCUGGCCGCUGCCCGAUCCUUCGGGAUUCAUGACCGCGAGAGGCCCGAAAAAGGGGAUUGGCCUCGUUCGCCGAACAGGUUAUGCUGUAGGAAAA